AUGACCAUGGGGCGCAAGAGCGCCCAAACGGCACCUGCACCAGCACCAAUGCCCACACAUCAUGACGAGUCGAGCUCCAACGAAGAACGAGUGAUGACGAUGCCCAAGGGUCUGAAGCUCAUCGCGCCCAAGCUCGCGAACGGCCCGCUCACCCUAGCAUCGAUCCGGGCGUUCCUGACCGACAUGGACAACCUGUUCAUGCAUCAUGGUGUCAACGACAUGGGAUUUAAGGUCAUGUUCAUCCAAAACCACGUGGAGCAUGAUCAUCUCAAGAACUGGCUAGUAUCGUUGACGGAGGACCGCACGUGGGACGAAUUCAAGGUUGCAUUGGUUCGCAAGGCACUGCCCCUAGACUUCGCCUUCGACACCGAGAAGCAAAUCAAACACUUGAGGCAACGCAACACAGAAUACACCACAUGGGCAUCGGGACUUCGCGCACUCCAACUGCAACUCGGGCAAGCGGCCCUCAGCGACGCGGAGUUCAUCAAGAUCCUUUUAUUCAACAUGGACACCCAACUGAGUGUAGUACUGCGCCAGAACGAUCUCCUUAUCAACACCGGUCUGCACCAAGACGACUUGGACUACAUAGCAGCGUCAAAGGCGGGACUCGCCAAACCAAAAGUGGUCUCGUACGAAGUGUUUGAACGACUCGCGAGGUCUCAAUGGAACAUGAUGUCGCCGCUCCACGACCUCAGGCGAUGGCGGGCACCACAACAAAGCUGA